AUGCUCUUCGAUGCAGACCUCUACCAUAGGGAGAACUGGGAUCCUGAUUACCCGAGCGACACGAACUUGGCGAAGAUACCGCAGAAUAUGUCAGUAGCCACGAACUCUGCCGAUGCGGCGACAGUCUCUGAGUCGGAUUUGGAGUCUGCCUUAGAUUGGGGUAGUCAAGGCAUGCUGGACUGGGGCGUCAUGAGCUUUCACGGGUACAUGAUCGGCGAGGAGUCCGACAAUGAGUGGCCGCCUGCUGGUUACACGAUGAACGGUACUUUCGACGAGACAAGCGGCGACGAGAGCAGUGGCGACGAGACCAGCAUCAGUGGCGACACCACCAAUGGCAGCCAAAUGAGCAGCGACAGCAUGUCCACGGCCGACAGCGACGACAUGAACCUUUGUGAGGACACCAUCGUCCCCAUAACCGAGAGCGACCUCAUCCCUGACGGUCUUGACAACAGCUUCGAUGAAAUGGCCGACGACAGCGUCUUUGUCAUGGUGGAAGACAAUGAAGAUGCCCCCUCAGCUGAUAACGGCAGUAUCUUGCACGGGAUUCAAAUGGGUUCCCAGUGA